AACACUGCAAUAUCCCUACUCAUGCUACCCUUACCGAUCGCUGAUGCAGGUGACGCUUGUGGCGAUUUGUCAGGGGCUGCUGUGUAGCAUGAAAACAAAGCAAACCAAAUUUAAUACUUUAAGCUACUACAUAUAACCUGGAAGCCGUACCUGGGUUAGGUCAACACUUUGACCCCUCCGACGCGAUCUUACUAUGUCUUCGUUUCUCAUUAAACAUAGCCCUUAUUCACGAUGCUAAAUGACUUCAAGAUAGCCGCGAACAUUCUGUUCCGAUUUCUCAAAGCAGUCUACGAUCUUAUUUCAUUUGGUGUCUACAUUGUUCAACUCUCCAUUCGUGACUUGAUAUCGACUGUCACGAAUCCCUUCCUUCCCAAUAGUCCAGUCGGGAAUGCUAUACCCCGUGGAUACCCAGGCCAUGGAGGGGUUUGGCCAGAGUACACGGCCCCUAAGCGGGGAGAAGAUUCCCGCUCGCCUUGUCCAGGACUUAACGCUUUAGCUAAUCACGGGAUCCUGCCAAACAAUGGGAAACGUAUUACCUACGCACAAUUAUCGCAUGCGAUCCAACAUGCAUACAACCCUGCACCAACUCUAGCAAGUCAGCUUACCUCUGCAGUUAAGCAGCUGGACCAAGGUCGAGGCUGGAUUGAUCUCCACGAUCUCAACGUCUUGAACGUUGUCCAACAUGACGCCUCCUUUACCCGUCCCGAUAUCGCAUUCUGCCCGGACCAAAGCAUCCCGCACACCGACCUGAUUAAUAGAUUACUCGACCACGCGUCAGAUGGGAAAUACCUAUCACUGACCGACUUUUCCUACUACUCUGGUCUACGCCGUGCGGAGUGCAAACGGAGUAAUGGCCAGUACACACUAUCGGGGAGUUUUAUCCACAAGAUGAUCGGAUCUGGAACCAGCGCCCUCAUGUAUUCGAUUUUCGGUGGGGGUAUUGAAGCACUACGGGCGUGGCUUGUGGACGAGUGUUUCCCAGAUGGUUGGGAGCCGAAGAAUAGGGAGGCUCUCGGUCAUACAAUUGCCCAAGCAUUGACUACCUCUCUUGCCGUUGAGUUUAGUAUCGAUGAGAAGCAAGCCUUGCGGGAAGGAGAUGUCUUUUACCACGAGUGAACCAGGUGUACAGCUGGCUAACAGAUUACUUCCUCUCUUGUCUGCUUAUUAUUUACUUCUUUUUGUUCCUGAGUAUUGAUCAGGGAAGAAUGUAUAACCAUUUGCAAAUGAGCGAAUUUUCAAUAUAGAAAACUAC